GGAGGGGCAGACCUGUUCAACGCUGCUUACAGCUUUAGCUGAGGAUGAUUUAGAUUUGGUGGAAACAGCCACUUAAGUAAUGUCUCACUUUCUGUAAAUAAAUAAUUUAACAGUUUGUACAAACAACAUGUUACUUCUUUCUAAGGUUUAAUCUAUCACCAUCCGGCUCAGCAUGCAUGAAGACGUGUCUGUGAUUCGACUGAGUUUCAUCUUGUGCACAUUAUUUAUCAGUGGAUGUUUUUAUUGUUUGAAGUCACAGACGAGAGCAGCAGCUACUAUGAGUGUAACUGCAGCAGCCAGUGGAUUUGUUGUCCUUCUUCUCACUGUGACAGUGGUACAGUGUGAGAAUGGCUGGGAUGUGAGUUACACUUCUACAGAGAUCUGUGCCCUCAGAGGAUCAACAGUGGACAUUAACUGUACCUACACAUACCCAUCCACAGUUAAUAACCUUGAUACUACAGUUCAGGAAACCUUCUGGUUCAUUCAAGAGAGUAAUGGGAUUUACGUUGAUCUAAGGACUGAUCCGGAGUAUUCAGGUCGUGUGGAGAAUCUCUGUGAAAACAACAAGUGCACUCUGAGAAUCAAUAACCUGACAGAGAGCGACUCAGCUGUGUACAAGUUCAGGUUCACAACAAACCAACCUACUGGGAGUUUAACUGGUUCAGCUGGAGUCACUCUGUCGGUCACAGAUUUGCAUGUGGAGGUGAACACAUCAGUGCAGGAUAACUAUUAUUACCAUCCUCGUUACAUGAAAGCAGAGCUCAGGUGUCAGAGCAGUUGUCGUCUUCCUGAUCAUCUGAACUACGUCUGGUACAAGAAUCAACGGAAGGUGAUUGGAGGAGCCUCUUAUUUUGAUAUUGUUCGACGUCCAUACAGAGUUUCCUGUGCUGUUGAAGGACUCGAGGAUUUCUGCUCUCCAUCAAUCGUGGUAAAGAGUCCGGAUGACUGGAGUGUGAGUUGCACUUCUACUGAGAUCUGUGCCUUCAGAGGAACAACAGUGGACAUUAACUGUACCUACACAUACCUAUCCAGGUUCCAUUACUAUGAAACUACAGUUUGGGAAACUUCCUGGUUCAUUCAAGAGAGUAAAGGGAUUUACGUUAAUCUAAGCACUGUUCCAGAGUAUGCAGGUCGUGCGGAGAAUCUCUGUGGAAACAACAAGUGCACUCUGAGAAUCUCUAACCUGACAGAGAGCGACUCAACUGUGUACGAGUUCAGGUUCAGAACAUCCCAACCUGGAGGGGGUUAUUCUACUGAUUCUAGAGUCACUCUGUCUGUCACAGACCCUCAGCUCCAGGUACAUGUCAGGAGAUCAACAGCCAAUCCAUAUUCUACCUGGAUAGAGCUGACGUGUCACAGCAGGUGUCAGCUCCCUGAUCAUCUUUCCUAUGUUUGGUACAAUAACAAUAAACCUGUUGGACGAAAAAAAUACUUUCACCUCCAACACAUUGAUGCUGAAGACAGCUAUCACUGUGCUAUAGAAGGACAUAGUUUCCCUUCUCCUACAUUGGACUAUUCUUCAGAUGCUUCAAAGGUUCCUACUGUGUCAGCGAGUCCUUCUGGGAAGUCAGUGAUAAUCCUGAAUAUCAUCAGGCUGACUCUGGUGGUCGUGCUGGUUCCAGUGCUUGUCUGGACUCUGUGGUCGAGGAUGAAGAAAACUUUGAGCUUGAAAUCAGAAGUGAAUGAAGCUGUGGAGAUGAUGGAGUUAGACAACUGUCCUGAGUAUGAGAACGACGCUGCUGCAGCACAGACAGAAGUCACAGAGGAGCAGGAAGACCUGGUGUGAAGCAUCAGGUGCACUGCGAUUGGUUAAUGAAAGUAUGUGAGAGGGAACAGGAAGUAUCUAUCUCUCCGUCCCCGGUUGCACCAGCAGCGGUUUGUACAGCAUGACCUUUAGAGCAAGAGAUUUGUUGUGUUGUGUCUUUCUUUUUCUUUUCUGAUGGGUCCAGUCGUCCAGUUUCCAGAGCUUUAUUUCUGUUGAGUUUAUUUCUGACGUUGCUUUACGUUGAAGGAAGAUUCUCAGAUCCUACGACCCUUUCUGGGUUGGUGUGUUGGGUUUUCCUUCUUUUGUCCAUUUUGCUGUCCUGUUGUUAAAGUUGUUUAUUGUAGAUUUUUCUUUUUGCUGUUACCCUCUGAACAAUGUAGGACGUCUUGGUGAUGAGUCAUUGAGGCUGUUGUAACACCACGUGACUCAUCUCGUGUCUUAAACAUGAUAUUAAUGUGGUUAUUACAUGGAUAAUUAAUUUUUAUGUAUUGUGAUUUUAUGAUUCUUUCUUGAAUAAAAGGUUUUGGUCUUUUGUUUUCA